AUGGAAAACACUAAAGAAAAGGGAACUGAUCCGGAAAAUACCAAACUUCAAUAUCUCUAUAAUAUUCUUCAAGAACAAUUUCAGCAGAAGUUUAAUGAAAUCUAUCAAAAUAGCUGCCGUAAUCGUAAUAACUUACUAACACUUAUUGAGUGGAUAUCGCAUGAUAAUCUUACUGUAGCAGCUAACUUAGUAUUACAAAGGAACGACGUAAUCGCAAAACAUAUCAAUGGAAGUCUCCAAAUCGCACCUUUUAAAUCAAAUAACCCCGAGUUGAAGUCAAUAAAAUUUAACAGUGGCAUCAUCGAUCUCUUUGAGAUUGAAAGAAUAAAUGCUGAACUAAAAAUCUUAUCACAACAACGACCUACAGCAAUCAUCAAGUCUAACGGCCAGAAUGGAAUAUCUGGAGAGAGAUCGACCAAGAAAGCACCGAACUAUCAAAACAAAUCGGAGAUGGAGUCAAUAAAAUGA